AUGACCAACUCGGGGAAGCACCGCUUUCGCGUCGUCACCAACAUUGCGCCGCCCUUUGUGAUUGAGUCCACGAAGCUGGACAAUAACACCUGCCUUACGGGCGACUUCUGCCUUAAGAUCGACACGAACCGCCGCGACGAGCUGAUCGCCCUCUUCACCGACUUUCGCUCCAACCGCCGCCUGUACGAGGGCAAGCGGUACAUUGUGAAGUGCUGCGCCGGCAUCGCCAUUGACCUGCUCAACGCCGUGGCGCGUGACCUCCACUUCGACUACGACCUGUACAUGGUCGCCGACGGCCUCUUCGGGGUGAAGAAGGACGGCAAGUGGGACGGCAUAGUGGCCGACCUGGUCCACGACGUCGCCCACCUCAGCUUCACCGCCUUCAGCACCACCAGCUCCAGGGUUUGGGCAAUCGACUUUUCCGUGCCCUUCUUCUACUCGGGCGUCUCCUGUCUGUCGGCGACCUCCAACGAGACGGACGUCCCGCUGCUCGCCUUUCUCAUUCCCUUCAGCUACGAGCUGUGGGCGGCCAUCUUCGCCAGCCUCUUCGCCACCGCCGUCGCCGCCGCCAUCUACGAGUGGUUCAGCCCCUUCGGCCUCAAUCCCUGGGGCCGCCAACGGACGAAGAACUUCUCCCUUGCCUCGGCCCUCUGGGUGAUGUGCUCACUCCUCUUCAGUCACCUCGUUGCCUUCAAGGCGCCCAAGUCGUGGCCCAAUAAGGUCCUCAUCAACGUCUGGGGCGCCUUCAGCGUCAUCUUCCUCGCCACCUACACCGCCAACAUUGCCGCCCACUUUGCCGGCCUCUUUCUGGUGCCGGAAGUGAAUGACUUUCACGAUAAGAGUUUGAUGACCCAGCGUACUGGAACGGCUCGAAGCAGCGCCUCCGAGGGCUACCUAAUGGAGAAGUACGUCGAUCUGUGGCACUACAUUCAGCACUACAAGAUGGACACCUUCGACGAGGGUCUGGAGUUGCUCAGAGCCGGCAAGCUGGACGUGCUGAUCGGCGACACUGCCAUCCUCGACUACUACCGAGCGACUGACCCGGGCUGUCAGCUCCGUCUGCUGGGCGACUCCAUCUUUGAUGAUGCCUACGCCGUGGGCAUGCAGAAGGGCUUUCCAUUUCGGGACUCAAUCUCCAAUCUGAUACUAAAGUACAACGAGUACGGCUUCCUCGACCAGCUGCACCGGAAGUGGUACGGCCGCGUGCACUGCCUGGAGUCCUCCUCGCUGACGAAGCCGAUGCCGCUGACGGUCCGUGCCGAGGCGGGCGUCUUUCUCAUGCUCGCCUUUGGCAUCUGCGUCGGCAUCCUAAUUCUCUUUGCGGAGCACUUUGUCUUCAAGUACUGCCUGCCGGGGCUGCGGAGGAAGGGCAAGGACUCCUACUGGAAGACGCCCAAUCUGAUGUUCUUCUCGCAGAAACUGUACCGCUUCAUCAACACCGUCGAGCUGGUGUCGCCGCACCACUCCGCCAAGGAGAUCAUCACCAACUUGAAGGAGGGCCAGAUUGCCAGUCUCUUUCAGAAGAGCGUCAAGAGAAAAGCCAAAGAGGAGGCUCGUCGGCGGAAGAGCAAGUCGCAGUUCUUUGAGCUGAUGCAGGAGGCGAGAAAGAUUGUCCGCCAAAAGAAGGAGGGCAGCCAACAGCAGGAUGAUGACGACGAUGACAAUGACGACAAUUUAAAUGGCACCAUCGACGUGGACGUGCUGGACAUUGACGAGGAGGCAGCGCUGAACACUGACGCCAACAUUCGCGUCACCAGGCCGUCCUUUUCGAUGGCCUGCAGGGAGAACAACAGCCUGCUGGGCGUUGGGGACUCCGACUCGGAGCCGCUUCCG